AGAGUCGGACCCUGAAGCCUUGAGGGACGCUGAUGUUCCAGUGUCUGCUGGCGUCAGGAGGAUAGGGCGCAGGGAAGUUCGGAGAGCAAAAGGUGCCAAAGGUUUGUGUCUCCAUCAGCUGAGCACCCACCAGCGCCAGGGAGGCGCACAAACACAGGCACCUGCGCACAAGCACACCUCUGCUUAAUUUUGACCCCAAACCCGGUCAGGAAUGAACAUGUCUCACCCGACGAUGGCUGCCAUGCCAGCCAGCUCCGGUCUCUGCUGGUCUGACGCGUUCCGUACCAGGCACGUGCUGGGAUGUUUACGUCCAACCUCCAGCGGGCGGUGCCGGGCGAAGCCUCGCAGUGACGCCACGGGGGGUUGCCACGCCCACGCCCGUUGCCGUGGAGACCGUCCCGCGCGCAGGCUGCUUUCCGAGAACGGAGCGACGCCGCCAUGACGGCGAGGCGACACAAGCGCCUGCUGCUGGCCUGCGGAGGCUCGCUCGGACUCUGCUGCGCCCUGGCGGCCGCCGUGGCCACCGGGCUACCGCUCUGGGUCGACGGAACCGUGCUCUGCCGGACCGGGGCCGAGCUGGUCAACGCCACGGGGGCCGAGCUGGACAAGUUCGUGGGCCGCCUGGCGUACGGACUCUUCCACGGGGAGAGGGUGAAGACGUGCGGCCUAGGGGGGAGAACUUCCCGCUUCUCAGUUUUUUCAGAACUAUUGGACGCGGUCCCAGCAGGUCUUCAUGUAACCAUCAUCUUUUUCUGCGGCGCGCUGGUGGUCUUCUCGUCCGUGGCCAGCGGCUUCUUCUUCUUCAACGCCUUUGGACGUCCUUACGAGACGCUGCACGGCCCUAUGGGACUUUACUUGUGGACGGCCGUGUGCUGUCUGUGCAGCUUCCUGGUCCUGAUCCUGUUUGUGUCUGAGGUGAAAGUCCAUCGUCUGUCCGAGCGCAUCGCUAACUUUAACGAAGUGGCCUUCGUCUUCCAGACGUACGGCGAGCGCUACGACGUUUCUUUCUGGCUUUUCCUGCUGGUCUUCCUUCUCCAAGGAGUCAACGUGGCACUGGUCCGACUGGCCGGCAUGCAGUUUCCCUUCCAGGGAACCAAAAACUUGGACCUGAACGGGGGCGCAGCCGACCUCAUGUACUAAUGUAACAGAAAGCGGGGGCCAUUUUGAUUUUUCACCGUUUCUGAACCAAUACAAUAUUUAUUAGAACCAUUAGUGCCCCCACUCAAUUUUGGUGAACGUUAAAGGUCCCGGGGACCCAGAUGGGUCUAGGUCAUUAAAGUGUUAAAAACAAGUCAUAUGUAUUUUUUUGUGUUUUACGUUCAAAGCUAAAAUAUUCAGAUCUAUCCGUUGACAUAGUUUACAUUUUUUCCUUUUUUUGUCAGCAAAACCCCUGAUUUAUUAAAUAGGAAAAACACAAAAUGUGCAAUAUUUUCCUCUAAAAAAUGUUCCAAGUAGAAUAUUUGAUGUGAUGUAAUUGGAGGCUUGAAUAGGUCAAUAAUUCAUGACAACAUUAAUUUUGAUUCCUAAUUUUUUUAGUUGAAAAAAAAAGACUUAAGGCCCAUACUCAUAAGUGUUAAAAAUAUUAAUAAAUAAAUAUACAUUAUUUUUAUUUUUAAGGCUUAAAUAUAUCUGUUGAUUGUUAGUUGUUUUUUGAGCAGAGUUAAAAAAAAAAAAAACAUCCCAAAAGGCCCCCCACUCACAAGUGUUAAAAAUAAUAAUAAAUAAAUAUUAGUUUUAUUUUGAGUGCUUAAAUCAAUCCAUUGAUUGUAAGUUGUUGUUUUUUGAUGUCAGUUUAAAAGUAAAAAGUUUAUUAGUGUCAAUAUUGUAACAUUUUAUAGUUACAUUGCACCUCUUUUAUUCUCUCUUUUUUUAAAGUAUUUUUAAAAAUAGCCUUUAAAAAGGUGCACAUUAGAUGCUAGGCAAUAGAGCCGCUGAUCGUGCUUCGGCGGCGGCUGCAUCUUUUCUUGUCAACAAACGAAGAUGUUGUAGGAUCACAUGCUUAAACAUCAUGGAAUUGUUGUUCAUUAUCCCCCCAUAGUAGUAGUUACAGCAGUAAUACAAUCAAGGACCUCAAACGCAAUCAAUCAGAACGAUUCGCAUUAGCAGUAAGCAUUGAGGGGAGCCGUUGCAGCCUAUUCUCGGUUCGAUAAUGGCACAUUUCUUUCCUAUUUCUAUAUUGUAAAUCCCUUUUUUAUGGUAACUUUGAAUGGAAAGUGGUUUGACGGAAUGCUGUUGCAUUAAAGAUACAGCAGAGGGCAUUGUCACAUUAAAUCACUCAUUUUACAGCAGGAGAAUGCUUUGACAAGACACUUGUAACUACUAGUUUUAUAUACUGUAUGCCUGACACUCUUUUUUUUAAAUGAAUAAAACCCCAUUUACAUGUGUUUUAUACCUGUCAGUGUAUUAUGGGCUACAAAAUAGGCCUUUUUAUGGGUGUGUGAUCUACUGUGUACUGUAUCGACAUAUGAGGACUAUCUGAAGAUUGUCAGAAUAAAAAUGUACAAAUAAA